CAUGGAAUACUUAAAUAGGAUCAGGAUUGUAGUGAAAAAUAAAAAUUAACCUCACUGUAUUAGUGAAAGAAAAUUUUACUACAAUUGUUAUUCUCAUUGUUAUAAGUUCUACAUAGUUUACGGAUAAUGUGGUGUAAAAUAAUACGUUUAUUACUUUAAUAAUGAAAUUUAGCAGUUGUCUAAAAAUUAUCAAAUUAAAAAUCUGAGAAGAAGUUUUGAACUUUCACUUUACUAUAUCUUCCAUACUAGCUCCCCAAACUAGAAUCUGGAACUGGACAAAAUCAAGCUUCAACUAUUAUUACAACAGUAAAACAAUGGAAUAUUAAUACUGAUAACAUCAAAGCAUUGUGUUCUGAUACUACAGCGUCAAAUACGGGAAUCAGAAAUGGUGCGUGUGUAUUAGUAGAAAAGGCUCUGAAUCGACAACUGUUAUACUUGCCAUGUUGACACCAUAUUUUUGAAAUUGUUCUUCGAAGUGCAUUUGAAAUAUACUGGCCUGCUUCAUCUGGCCCAAACGUUCCAAUUUAUCAGAGAUUUAAAAAGAAGUGGGAUGAAAUUGAUCAAUCAAACUUUACGGCUGGUAUUUAUGACCAAGAAAUUUUGGAAGUUAUAACACCAAUCAAAGAUGAAAUUUUAAAAUUCGUUAAUAAUCAAAUAGAAAUGGAUCAUUGUCGUGACGAUUACCGUGAACUCCUGCAAUUAUCAUCGAUAUUUUUGAGUGCUACUACCACAAAUAUUACAUUUAAGCGUCCUGGAGCCGUCCAUCAUGCAAGUUCAGUGGAUAGGUGGCGAGUAUGAUGCGACCUACACAGCAGGUAUUCCUGUUAAAUGGAUCAUGGACUUCGAUGUCAACAAAUUUGAUCCCAAGACGGAAUCGGAAGAUCAUUCCUAUGUUGUUGAAUGGCGGGAGAGCAAAUCGGGUAGGAUGCUAAAGCGUGGAUGGAGAUAUUAUGACGCAAAGGUGAUUCGAGUAUCACGUCGUAUCAAGUAAUUGGAAAAUCAGAUCCAGAUAUUGGAGGGUGCUGUUUCUCUUCUGCGUCCGGCUGCUGCUGUGAAAGAAUCAGAUCUUCCUGAUGUAAUAAAUUUAGAAUCAAUUUAUGAUACGGUAGAAGAGAUUGAAGAAGUUGAGUCAAAUUUAACUUCAACUUCAACGGGCAAGACGAAAACUAAAAAACGAAAAGAAAAAGGCGACAACGAGGUAGCGGAAGCUGAUUAUGAAGAUGAGAGACGACCGAAGAAGAAGAAAAAAGAGUUAUCACACCGCAGAUUGACCAAUCAAUUUAAGGAUGACAGUAUUCCUGAACCUUUGGCGACGCCCUUUAAGUUUUGAGUAUGGUGGAGUUUGAUUGGAUGCGACAUCAAUGAGCCAAAUACAACACUAAUCUGUUAGAUUUGGUAAUAUUUGACCAGAUCAUGUCAGUUCUGAUCAGAUCAAAUAAACAAAUACCACCAAACCUGAUUCAAUCUGAUUUAAUUCAAGUUUGUCCAAUUAAAAACCACAAGAUUCCAUGAUCUCAUGGUCGAUUUGAUCAAGAACGUUCUGUUGGCACGAACCAGAAUUUGGAUGAAUUCAUUCAAGAGGAUGGAGAAGUUUCGUCAACAUCAUGUUCAACGAGCGAUACAAAUACUGGGAAACAAACAGGAAAAGGACAUGACAAAGGGGUGGGAGCUGAUCAAGAAGAUGAGGGUGGAAAGGAGAAUAAAAAGAAGCGAUUGGACCACACAUCUAGCAUUCAGCAAAUGGAGAAUGACACCGGACCUGAUCUUUCAGCUAUGCCAUCUCACUUGGAAGACAAUCAAUCAUUGAGGCAGAUUUUGCUCAAUUUGUGCCAGGGCAUAAAACUUGUCAAACAAGUCCAACUUGACAUGCUGAGAAACCAAAAUCAACCAGAUCAACAACAAAAUCCACCUGAUGGACAAGUUGAAAUAGGUCAUCCAGGUUCCAACGUUUUUGUUAAUCAGCAGCAGUGGGAUACAGCUACAUCCGAAAAUUUCUAUACCACUAUGGGGAUAUCUCUGAUACGAGCAUUAUUUGAGGAUGAUGUACUGUUGGCCAGUAAUUUGAGAGGCGGUUCCAGUAGAACUGAUAAGAAUGCAGCUCGUAGACCGGGAUUGAACUCGAUUAUUCUUGCAGCGAUCGAAGAGGCCGUUAAGAAGAAAUUUCCUGAUUUUAAAAAAGGCCUUUUAGGCUCAUCAAUAAAUAACCUGAUGACUGAUUUGCGGUGGAAGAAGAGAGACUCCGCUGAUGAUAACGAAGAACCUGAAAAUUAGUGGUCAUUGAUAAUCUAGGAUCACAACAUCUUCAAUUGUAUUUUUUUUUUAAUUUAUUUAAUUUUCUUUGUUCCAUUUGAAUAAA